AGCAGGGCGUCGAAUAAUAACACAAACGAUGCGACUGCUGCAGGAAGCAGAGUUUGCAGGAGUAGCAAGAUUUAUAUUAAUGGCGAUGGGGAGUUCAUUAGUGAGGAGUGGAGUCAGGGGAAAAAUAUGACAGGAGUGUCACUGAGAAGAAUAUAGAAAAUAUAAAAAACUAUGCGAAAGAAAACAUGAUAUCCAGCGAGAUAUUCCACAACGCAAAAAUAGAAUCCUGCUUAACCAAGUCUCCAAAAGACUGUGAUAAAUUCUGGACUAGUAGCUGCAGCAGAAUUACUUGCAAAAGUAACGAAUGCGAACAAGCAGCCACAUUGAGGAAUAAACUGGAGGAGGCUUUGUGGGAACAGGGCAGGAUAAGAGGAGAAGCUGCUCUGCUGCGACAGCAAUUAAAGGAAGCCAGGAAUGCCCUCUCAGCUCGUGAACUGGAUCUAAUGCGUCUCCGGCACGACACGAAACAAACUUUUGAAUGCCCAGGUGAUUCCCAAUGUGCUGAAUCUGAAAGGCUACGUGCCGAGUUAUCAACUCGAAUUUGCGAGUUCGAGUCAGAACGCGAGCGCUGGCUUCGGGAAAAGAAGCAGGUGCUGCGCUAUCAGCGAUGUCUGCUGCAGCAGCUGGCUGAUACCACCGAAGAACAGGUGUAAUUUGAAAAUGUAAAACAUUCAGGGAUUCAGAUCUUUGUUGACUAAAUUUGAGUUUAGUCAUUGAAAAAUCAUAUUGUAAAGUGAUAGUUUAAGCAUUCGGUACUACCAACUCAUAUGAAUGCAGACUGGUAACAAUUGGAUCCUUUAUAAUGUUUGUAACAAUACCAAUUUAUUAUAUUUGAUAAAUAUGAGGUACAAGCUUGCCAGAUAAAUAGGUAGAUUCACACGAAUUUAAUUUGUAUAAUAUGAAGUUUGGAAUUGUAUAAAGAACAAAAAUUUGUGGAUUAUGAAAACCUCAACCUUAAAAAAUAGUAUCAGUAUUUAAUUAUUCAAAGCAAAUGCUUA